GUGGCGAUAAAAUUCAAAUAUGAAGUUUGUGGUUAUUUGCCUGGUCGUUGUGGCCCUGUGCUGCACGACCGCUGAAGGAGACAAUGAUGACGUAACAAUACUUCCUUAUGAAGUCAGUGCCGAGGACCUUAUCGCCAACUUUAUUAUCCCGAAGAGGCCGCUUAUCGUAAAGGACGCUUGUAAGAAUUGGCCACUGUAUAAGAUGCUUCAUAAUUCAAAGAAAUUAGAAGCUAUUAAAGAUGUCAAACUAAACACGUCUAUGGUUCACCAUUCAAACUACGCGCCCCUUGAGUCAACGUUUGGCGAUUUCGUGAAAGUAGACCUGCACGGUACUUCCUUCAUAUACGAUGUCCUUAACGGCGACCCGGCUAUCUCAAAAUCUCUUAAAAUGCCAUGGAUGAUUUCUUCGUGUAGUGACCUUCAAGAAGAGUUCAAAACACACGGUGACAUUGUAUUGACCGGUAGCAAAACGAAAAGAAAAAGUUCUGCCGCCCUGGAUUGCACUAACGCGAAUACAAUAACAGCUAUUUUAUCUGGGAGAUCGACAGUUAGAAAGAUGGGGAAGAAGCACUUGUACGAACUCGUCAGAGGUGACAUGCUGUUCACGCCAAAGGGAGUCUGUCUUAAUGUUAUGAAUGUUGGUACAUUCGUGAGCGCGUCCUUCUCGUGGACGCUUGAAUCCGAUGAAUUACCAGUCAUGGCAAAGAAAUGUGCUCGGCCGUCACUGCGGUCUGUCGUUGAUGAAACAUGGGUCUGGCAAGACGGCAAUAAGAAAUACAUUAGCGAAAUCCCCGAUGUCAAGCUCAACUCUGGGUAUAUGAUGCCACCAAUCGGACUGGGAACUGCUCGUCUUUUUAGUAAAACAUACGAGACCGUUAAAACCGCAUUGAAGCUUGGCUACAGAAUGUUAGACACUGCUCAAAUAUACACUGGAGAAGAUAAAAUAAAUAACUUUAAAGUGUCUUCCGAAGAGGAGAUUGGUCGUGCCAUUGCGGACAGCGACGUACCACGCUCAGAGUUGUUCAUCGUCACAAAACUCGCUCCUGAGAGCAUGGAAAAAGAGAACGCAAUCGCAAAGGUGGAAGAGUCGCUAAAGAAGUUGAGAACAGAUUAUAUUGAUCUUCUCCUAAUCCAUGACUUCUACAUGAGCACCGCGUGUGGUCCGGAUGAUACUGACCUUCCAGAAUGCAAGAACAAUCCUUUUCUUGCAUGGAAAACAAUGGAAGAAAUGCAAGCAAAGGGUUUGGUUCGGAGCAUUGGUGUUAGCAACAUUUACAUUGAGGAUCUUCAAUACCUUGUGAAAAUGGCCAAGACACCAAUAAGCGCUGUGCAGAACUGGUUCGACCCACUUCACCAGGAAAGAGAAAUCAGGGCGCUUUGCGCAAAGAACAACAUUCGUUUUAUGGGAUACAGUGCCCUCGGCUUCACAUGGAUUGACAAAGAGCAAGGACUAGGACGCGAUGUUAACCCGGUUCUUACAAACCAGAACAUUGUCGCUAUUGGAAAUAACCACGACCUCCCAACAACCUUGGUGGUCUUGCGCUGGGCAAUGGAAAUGAAUGUGACCGUAAUGCCUUGCACAACAAACGUGGAUCAUCUGGAGCAGAAUCUAAACAGCAGGUUGUUCCCGCUGGACAGCAUGAGCUUCCCAUUGAUGGACAAACUGGACAAUCUUUUGGGCGAUCCGUUUCAGGACGAAGAACUACCAGAGGAAGAACCGCAAAAGGAAGAAAAGCCAGAGACAGAAAUGCCAGAGAAAGAAAUGCCAUCCAAAGACGAGCUGUGAUUGAAUCUCACAUAUUGUCGUUGGUUUCUUAAUGUUUCUCUUUGUUGUUAUGUUGGAUUUAGCGCCUUUCGGGCGACUUUGUGGCGUCUUGUCUUCUUGAAAUACAGUUACAAAGUUCAAG